GACGAGAUAGUGCUCUUUCUAGAACAGGACAUACAUUUUCACCAUAUGCAUAUCUAAUGUCUUCUAAUCUUCUUCCACUAGCCUCGUAUAGCACAUAACGCAAUCGCAAAAUUGGAUCCUCAAUCAACGGAGCAAACAUAAACCGAUGAUAAGACACAUCAAUCCCCAAUCCCGUCCUUGGCAUAAACGUCGGCAGGCCUCACUUAGACGCCAAGAUGCUACCAUUGCAUGUCUGGGGCGGCACGAACCACAACACAACCGUCCACUUUCAGCUAUUUCCCAGAGUUCCAGCACAUCGGGGAUUUUCGACCUUUUUGGAAGCUGUUCAAGUCUGUUUCACGCUUAUCGCUUGGCGUUGAGGGGGACGAACGCCCUACUACUGGCUGGAACAUGUAUUCAUGUUGCUUUGAGUCCGCAUCUCGGCACCGGGCCGUCGUUUGUAGUAAAUUUGAACACUGAGGCUAAAUGCUUUCCAUCAUGAGGGAGCUCGUUAAAUGAGAGGAAGCCGCCGAUUUCCGCGUAUGGGUCUCCCAGACAAAACGAAAUGUGAUGUAGAGACG